UGACGCGUUCGGUUGCCCCCGCGGCCUGCAUGGAUAAGGAGUCCGGAGACUGGCAGAGUGAUGGGCCGAUGCGAGGCGCUAGGCGGCUGACAAAUCCGUGACCCAACUCACGCGGACACAUCAGGUGCUCGCAACGCAGCGCACAGCGUCUAGACCGGUCCGGAGGGCUGCACUUGACACCUCGAAACGGACGGCGAUGCCGUGCGUGUGCAAAGGCCAGCCCAGGAGUCGAAUUAUUUCUCUGGAGUUGCAGUUUUCGGCACGAGUUUGUGUAGCACCAUCGGCAGGGAAGAGUAGCGUUAUUGGUGAACGUACAUUCGCAGCAGUUCUUCAUGAAGUCGUAGAAGCAGCGCCUCCUGUUUGGUAGACAAUAGGAUAGCAUACUGUUUCUGCGGACGUAAGUCGCUAUGAGCGCACCGGGAGGGCAGCAGAGAGACGCAGAGAGAACGUAUUACGACGGUCCACUGGACCAGAAGAAUGGCAAGUGGUCUAGUUAUUGGGGAGUGCUGAAAGGCAGCUGGCUGUAUUUAUUCAAGGACCGUUCUCUGCCACAGGCAGUUGCUACCUACGCCAUUAACUCACAGACACAGGUGGUCGUCAGCAAGACGGUGCCGCCAAAUAGCUACCAGUUCUUCGUUUCUACGGAAACCGGGGCUCAGCUAAGACUACGCUGUGCUACGACGCAGCAGAGGACACACUGGAUGGACGAGAUCGUACGCUGCUCCAAGCAGAGCGGCUCUCAGCAGCAUCAAGCACAACACACACUGCCACCUGCUACCCCCACAAGACCCCAGCCGGCAAUACCAGGACAGCACGCACAGCAACAACAGCAGCAGCGACCACCGGCCCUGCCGCAGCAGAAGCAGUCCCCGGCGCCGCACCCGGGUCCCACGACCCCAGGUCGGGGCCCGGGCGCGCCCACCGACCAGUCACGCCGACAUCUGGUGCGCCAGGCGACCACGACUAGCGCCCCGGAGCACAGUCAGAGCACCGCCGGCAUAAUACCAAGCAGAACAGUCAGACGGCCGUCGCAGGACCUGGACGGUGUCGCACAGCAGCUGCCGCAGAAAUCAACAACUUCUCCACCCCCACUGCCGGGAGAGGAUGCGUCUGAUCUCCGGCAAUAUAGCUGGUUCUUCGGCACGAUGAAUCGUGAUCGCAGCGAGGAGAUCAUUCGCACAGCGUCGGCCGUUGGGUCAUUUGUCAUUCGCCAGAGCGGCAGCUCCAACAACAGCUUUUCUCUAUCAUUUCAGGACGAAGACCGCAUACGUCAUUAUCUCAUUGCACAGCAGACGAAUGGAAAGUAUGCCCUUGCAGGUCUUGAGGAUAUGUCAUUUCGCUCGCUUCCCGACUUGGUCAAGUACUACAUCGAGGUGAACGCAGGUUGGGCAAAGCCACUGAACAAAGCCGAUUUCGGCAUCAGCGGUAGCCGGUACCAGAGGCCACCGUCGGUGCGUUCCGACUCGAGCGGGAGCAACAGCGGAUCAGCGCUGGGGCCGGCAUCUCCCUCUGCUACUGCUGCUGCUGGGGCAGCGCCUCCACUUGUGCCAAGCUCCAUGCGACGACCCAGCACCGACAGCCCCUCGCCGUCGCCGACAAGCAGCCUGGGAAGUCACCCAGUACCCCCGCCAGGGCCCAGACCUGCACAGGCAGCUCAGCAACAGUCCGCGACCAUGGCGACGGGGCCCGCACCCGCUCCGCCUCCGCCGGCCAGUAGGCGACCCGUGUUGACGCGUGGCUCGUCCGAUCUGGACUUUUCCCGUGUGAGAGCGGCUACCCAGCAACACCAGCAGCAGGAGGAGGAAGCUCGCCAGCAGAUGCGAAGCAUGUCAGUCAAAGUGCGCUCUGUGACCGAGUCCCAGUUACCGACGUCCCGUGCCCCGUUUCCAGGCAGUAGUCUGGACGAUCGGCGUCAGCAGCUGUUCCCGGCGUCCUCGUCGCCGCUUGCCGACCCCUCCAGCAAUCCGUCUGUUCCCGCACGGUCCGCUGUGAGCCUGGGUCAGAGGCCGGUGCCAGCUAACUACCAGAACACGGCACCGUCGUCGUCCACGGUACCGACAAUGCCUGAACAAGAGGACUACAUCUCCACAGCCGAAAUCACUCAAGACACGGCUUACUUGAAUCACGAGUUCCGUGAUACAGUGCCUGAUGCUGAUGAUGGUCUCCAUGACUACCUGGAUUUAGAAGAUUGCGCACCACCUUCAUCACCGCCGCCUUCCGUAGCAACAGGAAGCAGUGCAGCGUAUAAGAACCGGCGAACAUCAGAACACUUGCCGGCAGAGAACGCACCCAAUCGGCCACGCAAGCCUGGAGGAGGCGGACGUGAAGGCUCUAGCCAUCACAGGCAGAACGGCCGUCACAGUCCACUGUAUGACCAGGUCUCAUGAACAGCUCGUCAGAUUCAUCUUCCACGCCUGUCUGUCUAUCUGUCCGAAUGUAUGUCCUCUGCAGGUGUGUGUGUGUGUGUGUGUGUGUGUGUGUGUGUGUGUGUGUGUGUGUGUGUGUGUGUGUGUGUGUGUGUGUGUGUGUGUGUGUGUGUGUGUGUGUGUGCGUCUCUCUCUCUCUCUCUCUUUCCCACUGUCUUGACUCCAUCAUAAUAACCAAUUCCUUCAUGCUAGUACAGCCAUCAUGCUCUAUUGAUUACAGCCACUAACAUAAAACAGAUUAAUAGUCAAUGCAAUACAGAGGCCUUUACUCCAUUCAGUCCAAAUUUAUUCAAUGCAUCUUAAACUGUAUGCACCGCCACCAGUAACAACAGCAGCAGCACCAGCAGCUGUGUGGCUACAGACAUUAUCUUCCGCUAGUUUAAACAACCCGAGGCUUCUGCAUGCUUCGUACCGUGCGUAUGUCUAUUUUCGAAAUUUCUUGAAGUUUGCACAAUGAAGACUUUUUGGCCUCAUCUCGAAGUCAGACUAUUGCUGCAUGCGUCAAAACCAUGGCAAUGGAGAGCGAACAAGUGACUUGAGCCUGCCCAAUGAAUGCGUGUUGUACUCCCAUCUGCACUGGUAAUUCUUCUCCGUUUCUGUUUUACAAAUUUUGAUUUCCACUCGGUUCGCAACUCCGACUCAUUGUGGACGAGUCAGUGAAGCAAACUCUUCUCCGUUUCUGUUUCCCAAAUUCUGAUUUCCACUUGGCUCGCAACUCCACAUUGUGGACGAGUCAGUGAAACUAAUUCUCUUGUUAUAGUUUUUGUUUACGAACGAGAAACCACGAACCCCGAGAACAGAAUACUGCAUGAUAGA